CAGCGCAUUGACGUAAAAGUGACGCGAAGCCUCGGUUGACUGCAGUGUUUGUUUGUGGUCGUGUGCUCACGCGGCUAGCUGCUCGAGGCUCCGCACUGUGUGAUCCCUCCUGCUCAGGUCUCCGUCAUCAGAACACGUGUUGAUGCAAGCUAUGAAGAUGAGGAACCGACCCAACGUGCUGUUAACAGGAACCCCUGGUGUUGGAAAGACCACUUUGGGAAAGGAGCUGGCCCAGCGGACAGGGCUGACCUAUGUUAACAUAGGAGACCUGGCCCAGGAGGGACAACUUUAUGAUGGCUAUGAUGACGAGUACCAGUGCCCGAUCUUAGAUGAGGACAGGGUGGUGGAUGAGCUGGAUGAGAAGAUGGUAGAAGGUGGCAUGAUUGUGGACUAUCAUGGCUGUGACCUGUUCCCUGAGCGCUGGUUCCACAUCGUCUUUGUCCUCCGCACAGACAACACCCAGCUGUACACGCGGUUAGAGAGCAGGGGUUAUACAGGGAAGAAACUGCAGGACAACGUACAGUGUGAAAUUUUCCAGACCAUCUAUGAGGAGGCCAUGGAGGCAUACAGCGAGGAGAUCGUCCACCAGCUGCCCAGCAACACUCCUGAGGACCUGGAGCGCAACCUGGAGCAGAUAGUGCAGUGGACUGAGCAGUGGAUGAAGGACCAUAACUAGGAGCUGAACGCUGUCUGCUGGGCUCCAUCAUCAGGACUGUCAACCGGAGUUAUCAGGACGGUUAAAAAUGAAAUUUCCCGAGCUAUUUUCAUAGAUUUUGCAAUCAUAAAGACUGGUGAUAUGUUCAAAGUAUAAACACUUUCUUCAGUGGCCUGUUUCACCUGCCUCUAGUUUUGUAUUGCAUCAGCACUGCUGCAUAACUGCUCAUGGUGGUAAUUGCAUAAUACUUCAGUUAUAUUUCUAAAGCACUUCUCUAGAUGUUCUAAGUUCUUUACAACAAAACUGAAACGUGAUUUUAAAAAAGCUGUGGCAGUAGUAGAAAUCACUAUUCAGGCAGCCGUCGUCAAAGGUUGAGCAGAACAGCUCAGGUCUUCGGUCUUUGGCUUUAGUAUUCGAUGGAAGCAGCUGAAAAGAAGAUUGCAGAAAUCAAAAUGUGAUGAGAUGAAGCCAUGUAUGACUGGCUUUAAAAAUAAACAUCUGUCAAAUCUUUUGCUGUGUUGCUUAGUUCAGAAAUCAAGAGCGAACUAUAGUAUCAUCAUUGCAAAGUGACCUGUAAAAGAAUAAAAAGAAGAAAUAAAAACAGAUCGUUAAAAUA